AUGUCUCAGGUAGAGGGCGGCUCACAACCUUCAGCAACACCCGAAGCUUCCAAGUCGGCAGCAACGUCCUUAGCAGCAACGUCCUCAGCGGUGGUGACAUCCGACAGUGCUCAACAGAGGCAGAAAAUUGCAUUAUUAGAGGAGAAACUGCAAGUUCUCGAGUCCGGACAUUGGCUCACCAUGAUUGCCACCGGCAGGGAGACCAACUACUUUAUGUCGCAGGGAAGAGCCAUCAGACGAACAGUGUCAUUGUUUGACAACGUUGAAGAUUUAAUAACUGAGAACGACAGGAGAUGCGACAACGGAGACGACGAGGUAACCAUCGAUCAGGAUCAUUUACAAAUGGGAUAUAUCAUCCUUAACAACUUCCUCCCGUGGUUUCACCCAAAGUGUUCAGCCAUGGAGUACGAGGAUUCCGUGCAAAUGUUAAAAAAGCUUAGGCAGGGGGCCGAUAGUGCUCGUGGAGACGACACUUCAAAGCUCAAGAGCCUUGUCCCAGAUUGGGUCAAUUGCGCAUUCAAACCCAAUCCGCCAGUCGACCACGAGGAUAAGUACAGCCGUGGAUUUGUUAAUGACACGUGCGGAAAAUUACUCUGUCCAACCGAGUUGGACUGGAAUAACCCUACUAUCAGAGCGGGAAUUAGGGAUCGCACUGAUGGUUAUAUCGUGACAGAAAUGUCCUGGCCAACAUUCCUGUAUGAAAGAUACACCGCCGAUGAGAAUAAUCUGGAGGAGGGUCUCUUCAAAAGUGCCCUUUUGGUCCAGGCCUUCAAGUCUAUAUUCACUUCUCCCUCUUCCGCAAAAGAGAUUGACAGUGAAGGCGAUGGUGCUGAUAUUAUUGAAAACAAUAGACACGCUAAAAGGCAGUUUUCCGGCAAAAAAGUCAAGACCCAUUUACGAUUUGCACUUUCGUCUGUGACUUCAUGGUGCUCAGUUGAUGGUGACUUCGAUUAUGUACAAUUCUGGUAUCACAUUGUAGACUUUUUCGAGAAAGCCCCUGGCCGAGUAGCCCAGCAAAAAGUUGACCGACUCCUCGCAUGGUGGACAAGGAAGGUCUUUGGAACAAGUCAUUGUGCAGAACUCAGCGAUGCAGCCAAGUCUAGCAUGUCCGUAAAUGCUCUCGCAAGGCAGAGGGUGCAAGAGGAUGAUGCCCUCUUCGAUUCCGAAUAG